AUGGAGUACUUCUACGGUGGAGGAAUUAUGUGUCUGGCUCCAAGCGAAUUCGAGUCUUACUACGACAUCCAACCUGUGAACAUUGUUGACAUGGGAAUGACCGAACUACAACAGUCGCACUUUCACGAAUACCUAAAUGGCAUUCAGCCAAAUUUUACAGAAGACAAAUACAAUUUAGUUAACUGGAAUUGUAACAAUUUUACAAAUGAAGUGUGCAAUUUCUUGGUUGGGAAAAAUAUUCCUCAAUACAUUUUGGACACGCCAAAAGAAGUCAUGUCAACGACUAAGGGGAAAUUAAUUUUAGACAUGAUGCAGUCGUACCAAAGUAACAUCGCCCCUGGGUUUGAAACGAGCACACUUUCAUUAAACAGUGCAAGUAAUGACAACAGUAAAGGUGCAAAUGACAAAGCUGGAUGUAGCAAGGAAGCGGAAGUUAAUGAGCUGCCGAAAGUUCCAAGUGUUUCAUUAGAUAAUUUUUUUAACGAAAAUAAAAUAGAAAAUUUAUUGGACGAAUAUAUAAAGAAUGAAAAAUAUGAUGUGAAUGAAAAAAAAGAUUUUUUAAGUUUUCUGAAAAACCUUUUAGAUAGCGUAAGCACAAAUCCAGAUGUUUUAAAAAACCGUUAUGUGCAUGUUACAAAGUUCCCUAAAUUUCAGAGCGAACAUGGAAAUAAUGAAUAUUAUAAUAAAAUUUUAUCGUCCUUGAAUUUUUUCCAAGGAUAUAUAGAAAAUGAUGAAAUGAAUAAUUUGCAAAAGUUGACCAUUUUUGUGGAUCCCAAGUAUAAUAAAAUGCAUGCCUUUACAGAACAUUUAGAUUUAUUUUUAAACAAAAAUAUUUUUUUAAAGAAUCCAGAUAAAACCAUUUUCAAAAUGGAAACUUUGAAUUUUAAGGACAUGGGUGAAUAUGCUGCUUAUCGCGAUAAAAAAAAAAGCAACUCCAAUGAUGUGCUUAUUUUUAUAUCUGAAGCAUUUUUAAACAAUAAUUUUGACGUCACCAAUGAGGAAAAUGACCUUAACCAUUUCAACAAGGUGAAGGCUGGCAUAUGUGUUGACCCACAGGUGGAAAGGGAAUUCUUGUCCAGCACGUCGGACCUUCUCGAAGGACGCAUAAAUGAGUUGGACUCAUCCGAGUGA